AUGGAUCAACUAGGCCCAAGCAGCACCGGCUCAUCCAACCGAGUUCAACCUCCAAGGCGUCGGCCCAGAAAGCCUCUCAACUGUGAUCCCUGCAGACACUCAAAGCUCAAAUGCGACCGACAACUGCCCUGCAACACGUGUUUGAAGCGAGGAUGGCAAGACUCAUGCGCAUACGGAUCUAAUUUUACUGGACCAAAGGGUAGAAGAAAGACUAGAACUUCCAAUAUCGAACCUACAGUUCAAGUUGCCGAGCCUCAGUUUGACACCAUCAUACCUCAGGCUCGGCCACAAAUUCAAGUUCAGCAUCAAGAGGCUGCUUCAUCCCCGAAUCGAACUCCGGAGCCGAUACAGGAUCGAUGGGAUAAUAUCCUUCAAAGACCUCGUGUGGAGAGAUGUCCUACCGGACCUGACGCGCAGAGACCGACUGUUACUCUCUCUCUUGGUCCAACCGUCCCGAUCGAAGAGCUGUUGGCUUUGCUUCCUCCUGCUUCAAUAACCGAAUACUUGGUAGUUCGUUACUUUGGCACACUAUCGUCAAUAUUUCACAUUAUACACGGUCCAACCUUUCAAAAACAGUUCUUGGCAUUCAUUGAAGCCCCAGAAAAGACGAGCUUAUCGUGGUUAGCACUGCUCUUCGCCAUUCUUUCGCUCACUCUCGAGACCCUCAGACCCGACGAUGCUGGCUUGAACCUUUUAUGGAAGGACCCUAACGUCCCUCGAGACCUGCGAGCGUUAUCACAAAAGUUUCGCAACGCAGCCAUGAUGUCGCUUUCACAAGAUCAGUUCCUCGUUCGUCACGAUCUCGAUACCCUCGAAGCACUUUUGAUACUGGUAUACAUGAUUUCCCACAACGAGGGACCAGAAUACGCAUGGGCACUUCUUGGGACUGCUUUGAACAUUGCUACCGCUCUCAGAUGCCAUGCAGGUGCCCCAAUAUCGAAUCGAAUUGAGCGAGAGCGACAUCGGCGUUGUUGGGCAGGGAUCCUGAUCAUCCACACUGACCAGGCACUUUGCUUUCGGGAUAUCGACCUGACCUACCUUUUGAAGAUGACGGCUGCCAUGCCGGCUUGGGUCAAUGACAGUGAUAUCCAAGAGCAUGGUAUCAAGGACUCACCUGUGACUCCAGGAUCCGAGUUUACGGAUAUGACACUCAUUAAAUUCCAGGUCCAAUUAUUUCAGCUUUCCACUCAGAUCUGCUCACACAUCUCGAGUAAUGAAAGGUUCGAUGAGACGACCCUACUUCGAUACGAUACUGCAGUUGCCAAAGAACAAAAGGAAUGGGAUGCUAUAUACCUUGUCGACGGAAACAGAAGCAUCUUGAAUACAGAGGGUUACGUCCACUGGUGCACUCUCCAAACCUACGCGCAUCAACUGUAUCUUCUGCUGCACCGACCGUUCCAUAGUUCCCGCUCGAACCAUUUCCGUGCUGAAUCGCGAGAAAAGUGUAUAAGAUCUGGCUUAGCACUGCUUGACAUUCACCACCAGUUUUUUGAACUGCCUCGCAUGAAGUGUUAUCGAUGGCUUGUCAAGGGUGCCAUUAGUUGUAAUUCACUACACGGCGCCGUUGCACUGACGUCCUGUAUGCUUGAUAUGCCCGAUAGUUCAGAUUUAGCGGAACACAUCAAUGCCAUCGAUGCUGCUCUAACAAGAAUGGAGGCGUUGAAGAUGAAGAGCCCCGCUUGCUCGAAUGUCUAUCGCGUUCUUCGUUGCCUUCGAUCAUACCUCAAGAAGCGAGAGCCUGAGUUGACAGUCUUGCCGGAGGAUCUUGAACUCAGGUUUGAGGACUGGGCGAAUAAUGUUGACUGGUUUAGACCGGAUGCUAUUGAUUGGGCCGUCUGGGAUCAAUACAUAACACCCCAGAGCGAUUAUCCUGAAAACAUAAUGAGUUGA